AUGAGAAACCAAUUGCAUCAAGGAAGAAGAAGGCUUGUGACUUGUGAGAGUGAAUCAAAGAGAACCGAUAGAAAAGGUGCCAGGCCAGAUGGUGAUCCGGAUAACGAGAGGCCAAUUGCGUUGAGGAGACAUGUUGGUGAGACGAAAUUGAUGAGGAUAUUCAAUGCGGAUGACCAUGAUUCAGAUGAUGAGAAACCGCUGGCCGCGAGGUUGGCCAUUAACAAUGUCGCUCCAAAAACCGUAGGCAAUGUCUCUGAUGAUGAUUCAGAGGAUGACGAGCCACUGGCUGCCCGUUUUUCUCGUGUUACCGCGGGUGCAUCCAGAAAUUCAGUCAAAAGGACAGGUGGUCGUAGUGAUCAAACAGUUUCAGCUCAUAAUAAGGCAAAGCCUUCAGAUGUUUGUGACUCGUUGAGUGUCGAAAGCGAACCCAAGGAUGAACCCGAGGACGAUGGUCGAAACAAAUGGUCUACUUUGGAGCACAAUGGUGUUGUGUUUCCCCCUCCGUACAAGCCUCAUGGUGUCAAGAUGCUUUACCAUGGGCAGCCUGUUGAUUUGACCCCAGAACAGGAGGAGGUUGCAACCAUGUUUGCUGUGAUGAAAGACACAGAGUACGCGUCCAACGAAACAUUUAUCAACAAUUUUUUCACCGACUGGAGAAAAAUCCUUGGUAAAACACAUAUCAUCACAAAGUUCGAGCUUUGUAAUUUCACACCAAUCUAUGAAUGGCAUCUCCGAGAGAAGGAGAAGAAAAACCAGAUGACAUUGGAGGAGAAGAAAACACUGCAGGAAGAGAAAUCGAAACAAGAGGAGAAGUUUAUGUGGGCUUUUGUAGACAGUGUUAAAGAGAAGGUUGGCAAUUUCAGAGUAGAACCACCUGGCUUGUUCAGGGGACGAGGAGAGCAUCCAAAGGUACAGAUUUGCAAACAUUUAAACUGGAAUUUUAACAAAUAUAUAUUGUUUAUUGCUUAUGUGUUCUGCAGCUGGAAAGAAGUCAAACAUGACAACACUAUUACAUGGUUGGCCUGUUGGAACGAUCCGAUAAACGAAAAAGAUAUCAAGUAUGUUUUCCUUGCAGCAAGCAGCUCACUGAAGGGACAGAGUGACAAGGAGAAAUAUGAGAAGGCCCGGAAACUGAAGGAUUACAUAGGCAGCAUUCUGGAAAAUUACACCAAGGAUUUCAGGAGCAAAGAUCAGAGGAAGAAACAAAUUGCAGUGGCAACAUACCUUAUAGAUAAACUAGCGCCUAGGGCAGGCAAUGAAAAGGAUGAGAAUGAGGCAGAUACUGUUGGUUGUUGUACGCUGAAGGUUGAAAAUGUUACUUGUCUGCCUCCAAACAAGUUGCAGUUUGACUUUCUUGGUAAAGAUUCUAUAAGAUACUAUAACACUGUAGAGGUUGAACCACCUGUAUACAAGGCGAUUAAGGAAUUCUGUGCAGGUAAAAAUAAAGGAGGGUGUGUCUUUGACAAGCUUGAUACAACAAAACUAAAUGCUCAUCUCAAGGCCUUGAUGCCUGGCCUGACCGCAAAAGUCUUCCGUACAUACAAUGCUUCCAUCACUUUGGACGCCAUCUUGAACAAAGAAACAACAGAUGGAACCCCUGAUGAAAAAGCUAAAGUCUAUCAACGAGCAAACAAAGAGGUAAAAUCUUUCACUCACUUUUUUGCUAUAAUCUGCAAUCAUCAGCGUGCUGUGCCAAAAUCACAUGAUUCCCAGAUGAAUAAGUUGAAUGAAAAGAUUGAUGAAUUAACGGCUCAGAGGGAUGAGUUGAACAUAGAAUGGGAGAAAGCAAAGAAGCUUUUGUCUAAAAAAGCGAAAAAACGGAAGCUGGUAGGCUCUGAUGGAGAUGUGAAGCGAAGGAGAAAAUUGACCCCUGAAAUGUUGCAGAAGAAGUUGUCUCAGGUUGAAACUAGGAUAGUGGAAACGGAUAACCGCAAGAACAACAAAGAGGAUUUGAAGACGGUGGCACUAGGCACAUCAAAGAUCAAUUACCUUGAUCCUAGAAUUACUGUGGCGUGGUGCAAAACCCAUGAGGUCCCUAUUGACGGGGAUAAGAUUUUCACCAAGACAAUUCUAGAGAAAUUUGCAUGGGCGAUGGAUGUCGACCCAGAUUUCAGAUUUUAA